ACUGUAAAAUUUCAUGACGACGGUAAAGUAAGCGCGGUUGUUCUUCGGUCCGUAGUUGUAAAAAUAAAAUAAAUUAAUAUCCACUCAAAAUAACUCCGGUGUAAUCCGACUGAGGACUAUUAUUACCACAAAACUUUGCUAUACCAAUCUAAUACGUGCUCCAGAGCCGUUGUGCGGGUGCGAGUGCGAUAGCGACAGUGACCGAGUGCAGCAGCCGAUUGCAGCGAAAGAGGAAAAACCCAAAGUUGUUGUUGCUCGCAAAAUAAAAUCAGAUAAAGGCAAAACUAGCUCUAACGCUCCUGCUGCUUGGCCAUGGCCCCCAGGAAAGGUUAAGAACGGAACAGCAAAGGGAGUUUUCGGCACAAAAACAACAACAACAAAUACAAGAAGAAGACGGGCCACUCCUUUUGUGUCCGACUCCGAGAUGUGUGCGUGUUCGUGUCCGCGUCCGCCUUUGUGUAUUGCAAUUGAAAACUGGUGAUUGCUGAAUAAAUUAAGGCUGCGCCGAGCUGAAAUCGUAAUUAGCGGAGCGAGCGAGGCAAUAAAAAGUGAAAAUCUUCUGCGUUUUCUUCUGUCUGCAAAAGAAGAAGUAGAAGAAGAAGUAGAAUAGGCGACGACUACAGCUACAGUUAGAGAUAAGAAGAGCUCGCGCACCCACACAAACACGCGCAGGCCGAACGGAGUGAGUGUGCGUGUAAAGCCUCUGUGUGUGUGUGUGUGAAUGUGCUUAUGACUCACGGCUGGGCCAGUGAGCGGGAGAGAAAGAGAGUGCUGGCUUGAGCUACCUACGGCAACAAAACGAAACGCAAACAACAACAAAACGCCGCAUGAAUAGAAUUUCCCAAGUUGAGCGUAGCUAAUCGCGUUGGAAGAAAAUUCCAAAGUCCCCCCGCCACCAAACGUACUCCGCGCAGAACAGCUCGAGAGAGAGAAAGAACGCUGGUAGAAACAUGAGCUUCACCAAGUGGUUCAAGAAGAAGGAGGCAAUCUCCGAGAUCGGGGCGCCCACAAAUUUCCAGCGACACUUCCACGUCUCCCGCAACCAGGAGACGGGUGACCUGGAAGGCCUUCCCUCACCAUGGGUGCGACUCAUGAACUCACAGAUCACCCGCGACGAACAGGAUAAGAAUCCGGACGCGGCAUACCAUGCCGUCAAGUACUACAACUAUUCGAUCAAGAAGAAGGAGAACGAGGUCUUCAAGCCCUUCAUCACCGAGGAUGUCAUCCAUGAGGAGUCCAAGGAGAUCGAGAACUACGUCAACUACAAAAACAAGCACAAGUCGCAGGACCCGGAAAAGUCUGACGACGAUGGCAGCUCCACGGCCACUGAGACGGAGAGCAGCAGCGGCUGCGGCUCCUCUGCGGGCAACAGCAACAGCAGCAGCAUCAACGACAGCAGCCAGCAGUCCACGGUGCCGCUAGACGUGCUGGGGGAUGUGUUCAAGGAGCUGAAAUCCAACCUUGAGCAUCGCGAGACGCUAAAGGCGAAUGCCUCAGCGCAGGAUCCGCCACCGGUGCCGCCCAAGAAGUCGCCACACGCAAUGCCGCCCAAGCCACAGAUCAAGCCCAAGCCCCGGGUCACCCAGAAGUUCUCGAGGACCUCCGAUCUGCGGCGGGAGGAGGAAGGCGACCACCAGCACAAAGUCAACACGGACACUAUCAUCAUCAAGCCGGCGGCGGGAGCAGCAACGCAUGCGGACGGCGGAGACGAUAAUCCGGACGAGACGAUACUGCGCCGCUCAAAGGAGAAGCGGGCACACAAGACCGAUGCCGAAGUCUAUGAUGAGCUGCGUGCCAUCUGCAAUCCGGAGGACCCGCGGGAGCGCUACAAGACCACCCAGGAGGUGGGCAAGGGCGCCUCUGGCAUCGUUUUCAUUGCCGGAGACCUUCAAAACGAGUCGCAGGUGGCUGUAAAAACGAUCGACAUGAAAAACCAGUCCUCGAAGGAUCUCAUUCUCACGGAAAUCCGGGUGCUAAAGGACUUCAAUCACAAGAACCUGGUCAAUUUCCUUGACGCCUAUCUGCUGGAGCCAGAGGACCAGCUGUGGGUGGUCAUGGAGUACAUGGACGGCGGCCCCCUCACCGACGUCGUCACCGAGACUGUGAUGAAGGAGCGCCAGAUCGCAUGCGUCUGCCGGGAGGUGAUAUACGCGAUCAGUUUCCUGCACGCCAAAGGCAUCAUCCACCGCGACAUCAAGUCGGACAACGUACUGCUCGGCAUGGACGGCUGCGUCAAGGUGACGGAUUUCGGCUUCUGCGCCAAUAUCGAGGGUGAUGAGAAGCGCCAGACCAUGGUGGGCACUCCUUACUGGAUGGCUCCCGAGGUGGUCACGCGCAAGAAGUACGGCAAAAAGGUGGACAUCUGGUCAAUCGGCAUCAUGGCCAUCGAGAUGAUCGAGGGCCAGCCACCAUACCUGUACGAGACUCCGCUCCGUGCCCUCUACCUGAUCGCAGCCAAUGGCCGGCCGGACAUCAAGAGCUGGGACAAACUGAGUCCCAACCUGCAGGACUUCCUGGACCGCUGCCUCCAGGUGGAGGUCGACCGGCGGGCCACCGCCGACGAGCUGCUCGCCCAUCCGUUCCUCAGCGACUGCAGUGAGGUGAAGGCGCUGGUGCCCAACAUCAAGGCGGCCAAGAAGGUGCUCCGACGCAACGUAUAGUUGCUGUGCAAUCACCGGGCGGCACGGCUGCUUUACGCGUGAUCGGAAUCGGGAUCUAUCCCGUGUGUAUAAUGAGUUUUCAAUGUAAAUUUGUUUUGUGUGGACGCAACCGGAAGCGGAACUGGAACUGGAACUGGAACAGAAUGCUGAUCGUAGUCUUUGUAGUGUUUACAACCAUAGAAAUAGCGAGAGCGCAGGACUAGGACCCGGCAACUCCCCGUCAAUAAAAAGCACGUGACAGCUACAGCGAGAGGAGCGGCGAGACAACAAGAAGAAUCACAGAAUCCCGAGGAAUCCGAAGCCGUAGCAGCUGGGAUCCAUUCCGCAUCGCUGGAGACGUCGACGGGGUGGGGGUUAUCGCUUAGAUUAGAUAUUGUCCUAUGGCAAAAUUAGCUUACUUCGUACAUUGCGAGAAUGUAUGUGAACGACCGACCGACCACGCACACAAGCACGCACAUAUGAUAUGCAUAUAGAUACUGUAGUACUGUAUUAUUUACUGUAGUGACAUAAGUUGGAUUACUCUUUAUAUACCCGUAUAUAUAUAUACAUAAUUGUGAUUUAAGCGAUUUUAUCAAAUCUGCAUUAUGCAAUUCUACAUAAAUUCGUCGUAUAGUCCGUAAGCACAAACAAAAAGGAACCCCAAAAGAGCAGAGAACAUGCAAUACUUGUUGUAAAUUACCAAAAAGGCGAUAAAUGUAGCAAGUGGAAGCGAGUGUAACAAGUGCCAUUAGGACUAGAGAGAGCUAGGUAGGCAGCAGCAAGCGACACACUGCAACGAAAUUAUCUCCACAGUUCAUUGUAUUUCCCCGUCAAAUACGGAUAUCACUAAAUCAGAUAGAUAACUAAUUAGAUGCCUGGCCUGAGCAUGUAAAUUAGCUGAUAACGAAAACAAUGUUUGAUAUUCCAUUUUAAUUAGUACAAACGUAAGACUAACGAGAAUGCAACGCAAAAGAACAUAUUUAAUAGGCAGACUUCCUUGUUCUUCCUUCCGACCCUCGGAUCUGCCAUACACCGCACAGAGAAACCUAUCAAGAUAGAGAUGUUAUAUAACGCGUGUGUCAAAUAGCUAUGAAGAGAAAGAAUAUCCCUAAAGGGAGUUUAUAUGCAUAUAAAGCGGUGGUAUACGUACACUAAACCUAGUCCCAACGAAAGGGAAAUACGAGCAAUGCCAAAAACGAGGAGAAAAUAAUGCAAAGAAGAAAGUUUUGAAAAGGAUUUAAUUAACAACCUAGCAUAGCCUUAGCCGAAACAGUGCUUAUACUUUUGGCAGAUAUCCAUAGUAGUUUUCCAUCUGUGUUUGUGUUUAGUUCAAUUUGUUUGAUGCUAUUUCCCACCACACUAGAUUUAUCCGAAAACAAUCUUUAGCUAGUCGCCAACUCUUGGUAGGAGUUAUUCUAUUGAAGCACAACGAAGAAUGAGGAGGAUUUAACUAAGAGCUGUUUGGCUUCUUUACUUGUUAUAUACAUAUACACGCGUCGUACGACCGAUAGGGUUUAUCUUUUACUUGCGAUUCUGAUAUUAGUAGCCAAUCGAUUGCUGCUGCUGCUGCUGCAGAUCGGUUCAUAGUUAAAUUUUAUAUAUACGAUACGAUACGAGAUCCCAUUUUUUGGCCUACAAUUAUAAUUGUGCAUUCAUAAUUUUCAAUGAGCUUAUUAAUUAAUCGAAAAUUUACUUGAUUUUUUUAGUUUAGCUUAAAUUAGUAAUGAGUAUUAGGCAGGGCAACGAACGAAGAUGGAGAUGGAGAUUCCAUAAGCAGUAGAAGUGGGUUUUAGGAACAGAGACAUACCCGAACUUACAUAUUCGCAGACACGCAUUUAGGACGAACGAAAAUAUUGCAAUUAAUAACGUACAUUUAAUUGAAACUUAAGUCUUCAAACAAGAAACAAAGAACAACAAAUGGUAGCAUAAUUUUUUAUACGCAACUUUUAUUGCAAAUUGUAAAGGAGAUUGAGGAGAAAAGAAGCUGACAUCAAUUUUGAUCGAUUCGUAAUUAUAUAUAUAUUAAUAUACAACACAACAAGAAUUGGCGCUAUUUCAAUUAAACAAACUUAAACGUAGUUAAAAUACAAAAUGCAUAUUAAUUAAUGUGCAAGGUCAAGACCCGACUUGCCAAAAUAAACGUAAACAGUA